GUAAGUGUGUAGGCGUGGCCUAACGGUGUUCGGUUGCACCGCAGCGCAUAGCCUACACAAUGGCUGCUGGAAAGAGGAGAAAGCAAACAAUUUUCAGGCCCGCCGCGUCCAGCAAAAAAUAUGAGAAAAAAAUUAUUAAAAUUCGGAAAAUAGGUGAAAGUCAAGGAAAACGCCCUAGAAAGGAUGUUAAGUCUCCCACGAAAUACAGGAUGUUUGUCCAGUCGCCGAUCUGCUUUUUCCUCUCUUCUUUUGGAACCCUACCAUCAUCCUCUCUCACUUCCUCAGUGCUUGGCCUCUCUGUGGUGUUGAAGAUUCAGCCUCUAUCACUCUAUCAGUGAUCGGACACGCCGCUUGUGUCCACUACGUGGCUGGCCUGCGCUAAGUCGCCAUGGCCACAGUCACCCCCGACGAUGACUGCCCCAACCUGGCAGAGCACGAUCGAGUGAGGAAGAGGAGGCCAGAGGGGAAAGGGAGAAAAAACUUCCCCUGUCAGCUUUGUGAGAAGGCCUUCAACAGUGUGGAGAAGCUGAAGGUGCACUCUUACUCGCACACAGGCGAGAGGCCAUACCGCUGCACGCACACUGACUGCACCAAGGCCUUCGUCUCGAAGUACAAACUGCUACGCCACAUGGCCACACACUCACCUGAGAAGACCCACAAGUGUAGCUACUGCGAGAAAAUGUUCCACCGCAAAGACCAUCUGAAGAACCACCUGCACACACACGACCCCAACAAGGAGGCUUUUAGCUGUGCCGAGUGUGGCAAGAGCUAUAACACCAAGCUGGGCUUCCGAAGGCACCAGGCUCUACAUGCGGCACAUCGUGGUGACCUUACCUGCCAGGUGUGUCUGCGGCCAUAUCCCAGCACCACCCUGCUGCUCGAGCACCUGCGUGCCCACGCCGGCAAAAGUGCCACGACUGCAGCCAAGGAGAAGCGGCAUCAGUGCGAGCACUGCGAGCGGCGUUUCUACACACGCAAGGAUGUGCGGCGUCACCUAGUGGUCCACACAGGCCGCAAGGACUUCCUGUGCCAAUACUGCGCACAGCGCUUUGGCCGCAAGGACCACCUGACUCGGCAUGUAAAGAAGAGCCACAGCCAUGAGCCGCUGCGCGUGAAGGCAGAACCGCUGGAGCCCUCGGAGCCACACCCUUACAUGUUUGGCCCUGCCUCCUACUCUCCUCCACCACCACCACUCCGUCCUGAGCUGGAGAGCUACCUUCUGGAGCUGCAGGCGGAGGAAGUGCCAAAGCUGAGUACUGCUGCCACGUCCUCCGGAGAGACACCUCCGUCUUUGGACUUCCUGUCUCCUCUGUUUAACUUCCUGCCCUAUGGGCAAGGGGCAGGGCCAGCCUUGGGGGUUUCCUACAACCAGGAGGAGGGGCUUCCUGUGAUGACCCCUUCUCACGAGUCUCCCGAUCCUCUUGGGCCAAUUCACACUCUUUCGCAUCCACACAUGCUUUCACAGACACACACGCUCACCACAAGUUACACACACUCGCCAAGCCUGAAUACAACCACCACCCUGCCUCGCUUUCACCAGGCCUUCCAAUGAUCCAAACAUACACAGGCAUACACAUUUAGCUGCCAUAUAGCACUUACAUCAAUUUGGCACUUAGUUUAAAAUACAAAACAAAGACACCAAGACAACACUUAUGACAUAAGUCAGUCACACUUAUACAAUUCUGUGCCUUUGAGAACAUAUCACUUCGCUUGGUUCAGUCUACUUUAGUCUACAUUUUAGGAGUAAGCAAUAGAAGAUGUUGAACAUCUAAAAGAUGUCAUGCAAAACUGUCUGGUUUACGAAUGUGUAUGUGCCUUGGUUUGCAGUGAAGUUUUGCUCUCAGACACUGAGUGCAUAUAGCUUUCCCAUUUAGCACUUUGAAUUUCUAGUGAUGUUCUAGAGACGUUCCAUCAAAGCUAAACGUUGAGUUUUUUUUUUUUUUUUCGUUUUUUUUUUCCUGAUACUUUUGUUUGUUGGCUCACAAGCUGAUGGGUACUGAAAUGCCAGCAUCUGAAUGACUAUACACAGCCAAAGGCAACCAAACCCCUCAGAGCCAGAGUCUUGAUGGCUCGUCUAGUUUUGCCUUUUCUUUCUUUUUUUUCCUUUUUUUAAUUAUAUAUUUUUUUUGUUAUGGCUGUUUGCCUUCAUGCUGCUGCUCGUUUUAAGGAGCCUUAAACUUUACCAGUGCAGAUCUGCUUCACUAUACAAAGCAAUAAAGGGAAACAUGGACUGACUUUACAAAGAUUAUCACGAACAGCUCUUAAACACCCCCUUUCAUUUCUCCCUUGUUGUUUUUCCUUCCUUUUUUCUUCUUCUUUUUUUUUUUUUUUUUUGCUCCUGGACUUUAGACACCAACACAACCUUCAACCUCAUCCGCCAGAAUGCUGUCCAUUGCACUGAUUCUGAUUCUCAUCAAUGAUAAAACAAAAACAUUCAGUUGUAGGGAUCUGUGCUGUGGCAUUCAAAGCACACACAGAUGUCUGAGUGACAUACACAGUCUGUGAAGAUGCUCUGUUGUGAAUAAGAAACAUGUCUACACAGAUUAUACAGUAGAUGGCUCCAGAAGCUAUAAAACACAUCUACAGUUGGCACAGUCUUUUUCCUAAAACACCCAGCUAAACCCCUGUACAGAUGCGUGUGUAAGUGAGUGUGUAUUGGUGUGUGAGGGGGACGAUACAGGUGUGUGCUGAGCGAAUGUCGGGGUCUUAUUGGGAGUUGAAGGUUGUUGGAUGCUGGAAAGCCUUCAGGCUGGGCAUGUUUUCAUAAUAGCACUUUCUAAGGAAUCUGACGCCUUGGUUUUGUUAUGUUAUGAAUACGUAUUUUAUGUUAAACAACAUGUUUAGAUGUCAUAUAUAGCUUUUAGCAGAUUGCUAGCAUGUGUAUAUAUACAGUAUAUAUAUUAAAUGCUAUGUGUGUGAUAUUUUUACAGGUACACUUCAUACAGUGUUUAAUGUUGUAAAUGUCUCCUGUUUUUGCUUUAUUGCACAAAAUGUCUGUGUCUCUCACUGAGACUUAAUGCGAAUGGUUUAUUUCCACCCAUACUUCUUUUUCUUCGAAGCACUUCCAUGGUUCAAAAGGCUUUUAUAAAUAUCUUCACAAAUCUGCAGUUUGUAAAUACUUCAGUAUUGAGAAAAAGUGUAUGAAACUGGGAAGACCAGAAUGCCUCAACAUUUUAAGGUGUGAAACGAUGUGAUGUCAUUUGAUGCUGCUGAGUGGCUGACGGAUUACGCGGAGAAGCUGAUUAAAAUGCUCUGCAGUCGAGGACGAUUUCAUUGGGAGACACAGACUUAGCAAUUCUACUCUUCAGUUUCAGUGGUACCAUCACGCAGUGUAUGUACAAGUGUAUGUGUGAGAGUGGAACAGUCUCUCGACUCGGAUAAUGCUGCUAACGGACAUGGUAUAGCCCAUGAUGGCACAACGGGACUUUUCUUUUUUUUUUUUUUCUCCUCCUUUGAAAUCAAUGAAAUGUUUAAAGAAGGAGCGGACGUGUCCGACGCGUGUCAUAUUUUGAGGUGUUAGUAAGGCGAUGUAGUUCUUAUUAAAACCGAUUAAAAGCUGGAUGUUGCCACAGCCGUGUUUUUCGAGAGAAGGGUCUUUGUAGAACUGAACUCUAAAUGACCUUCCGAAGACGAGAAGAAAAAGAGAAGGAGUGUGAGAGUUUUGUUCAAGAGACAGCAUUCCAGCUAUAAUGGUGUUUUACAUGGUGUCCUUAUUGUUUUAAUCACAUUUCUGUAAUGCCAUCCUGUGAUAGUGGCUAUUGCUAAUCAAUGUAUAUGUUACCGUAAUGUACUUUUACAAACUACUGUUGUAUGUGUAUAUCCUAAGACAGAAUGAAUCAUAAUUAUCUGUGUGUGUGUGUGUGUGUGUGUGUGUGUGUGUGUGUGUGUGUGUGUGUUGAGAACUUGCUGCUGCAGCCUGCGUUUCCUUUUGUCUCCAGAUGACAUCAUCCAAAGAGAAAGUUAUUUAGUGACUGGCUUGACGAGCCAGUUGUGUGCUGUAGAAGGUGAAUGGCAAUGUGUGAAUGUGUGCGUGUUUUGUGUCUGAGAAAGAAAGUGUGUAUCCGCGUGCAUUCAGACGACCUUUGCUGCUAUGUGAGGAGAGGAGAGAUUUGGUCCAGUGUUAAUACUGUUCACAGUACUGAGAGCUCAAUAAA